UGCAUUGUCGGCUUCUUUCAAAAAAAAACUAAAAACCUCAGAAAUUCCAUCUCUCUCCCAAAAUUUUGUUUUGCUUGGAAUGAGAAGCAGAAUCAGAGAAACCAAAGACAAGAAAAUUUUCUGAAAUGAUUACAAGAAGAAGCUGAGAAAGGAGAAAAAUCUCAAAGUCUGAGAGAGAUCCUUAACGUCCGCUGUAAGGCAGUGAUUAAAAAAAAAACUGUGAGAUUUUUUUUUUGAAGAUUUUUUCUGGGGAUGAAUGAAUGAAAUAUUGAGACUUGAGAAGAGGGAGAUUUGUUCUAGCUUUUGGUGAUUUCCAAGUAUUCAUCGUCUCCUUUUAUUUCUUCUUUCUCUCGUUUUGUCUUUCUCUUUAGUUCUUAUUCCGGGUUUGUUGUUUCUCUGACAUUUCUUCAAUUUCUUUCUCUUUUUCUCUGACAAAAAAAUGAAAUUUUAGAUCUGGGUUUUCGUUUCAAGAACGGAAAGAAUCCGAUGCUACACAGUAAAAAGAUUCAAUUUUUAUUUUUUGAGAUGUUAUAAUUUUUCAUUUCCAUUUUGAUUUCAUUUUUUCUAAAGAGAAAAUGAGUUGUAUUGAGGGUUUUAGAAGGAGAUUUACAUUAUCAGAUCAAAUGUCAAUUCUUGACACAUCUUUAAAUCUCAGAGAUCUAUUAAGAGUAAGAGAUGAUCAUCAUCAAGAUAAUAGUACUAGUAGUAUUAAUGGUGGUGGUAGAAAUUCACUUGCUGGAUUGACACUAGGUGCAGUUCUGGGUUGUGAAGAUAUUAAUGUUCUUAACAAUGGCAGCAGUGAUGAAUCAGAUCAUAAUCAUAAUCAAUUACAGCUUCCACAACCACCAAUUAGAACUCCAAGUAGAACUCUUCUGGAUAUCAUUAAAGAUGAAGAAUCAGGAACAUCAUACAGAGGGCUCAGUCUUGAAGAAGAUAACAGCAGUAUCAUCAAUAGUAAUAAACAGCAGAAGAGUUGGAAAUCAUUUAAAGAUCGUCUUCUUCUCCGCAAAGCAGCAGGGUUAACAUCAUCAUCUAGUAAUCCGAUUGUUGUUUCUGAUGAUGAUUGUGGUGGGAUGGCGGGGGAAUAUUCUUCAAGUCCUGUUAACAGUGGAAUCAGAAGAAGAAGUUCUUUCUCAGUGGUUUCACCAACAACAACUUCAAUUGUUUCCCCAGCUGUUGUUACUGAUCAUGUCCAAAAUGAUUCUAAUGAGCAACAAGGAAAUACAGUUUCUUCUACUCUAGCUUCAUCAUCUUCUGAACCAGUUGUGAUCAUGAGAUUAGCAGCUGCAUUAGCUGCAGAAAGAGAAGAACAGAGACAACAGUCAGUCUUAUCAUCUUCAUCAUCAACUGAUCCCCAGUUACAAGAAAAUAGUACUUCUGCUACUGUUCUUCAAGUUCCAGAGGAAGAAGAUGAUCAACAAGUAAGAGCAAGUAAUCAAAUCCAAACCCAAUCCCAAAUUCAGGAUCAAACCCAGUGCCUAACUCAGAAUCAAAAUCAAACCCAAACCCCAAUUCAGAAUCAAAAUCAAAUCCAAACGCCAAUUCCGAAUGAAAAUCAAAGAGGGGUUGUUGUAGCUAACGAAAAUCAGCCGUUAAGGGUUUCAUUGAUGGCUUUGUUAGAAGAGACAGUGGAUUACAAUGGACAGGAUUUGAUGGAUAUUGAAGAUGAAGAAGGUUAUGAUCAAGAUCAGGCAAUUGUGGUAGAUAAAGUCCUCCACGGUGAUAAAGAAAAAGGAUCAGCAGGAAUGACUAUUGAAGAAUACAAGUGCUGUGUGUGUAUGAUAAGACCCAAAGGAGCUGCAUUCAUACCCUGUGGACAUACAUUUUGCAGACUCUGUUCAAGAAAGCUAUGGGUUAACAGGGGUAACUGUCCUCUUUGCAAUAGUUUCAUUUUGGAAAUUCUUGAUAUCUUCUGAAAAACAAUCAUCAUCAGAAUAGUGUUAUCCAUCUAGUAAAAAGAUAUUUCCAACAGCAACAAAAAGAAAAAGAUUAAAUAAAAAGAAAAAUAACAAUUGUGAUAGAAUGAAAACAGAAUCAUGAACUGGUUUUGUUGUUACUCUCUACUUCUUUGUCUUUCUCUUUGUUUUCAACUGAUUUUAAGCAAUAAUGAAACACUAUGUACAAACAAAUUCUCAAUGUAUCUACAUUUAUCUUGUUGCACAUCA